CCUCACCCGAACAAACUAUCACUAAUCCCCCCCUCAACUCCCAAGACCUCGAACUCAUGGUCCAAUGGUGCACCCACACCUACAGCACCCUCUCCCGCAACCCAUCCAUCGACUGGACCUGGAAAUCCACCAUCCCCAAACUCGCCGUCCACAACGCCUCCCUCAUGCACGGCAUCCUCGCCCUCUCCGCCCUACACCUCGCAUUCCUCCACACCAGCCACCCGCGCAAAGAAUACCUCAACACCGUCCAAUCACACCACCUCAAAGCCAUCGCCGCCGUCCGAAACAUCAACGCCCUCAGCCAGGAGAACGCCAGCGCAGCUUACGCGCUCUCCAACAUCAUCAUCAUUUUUCACUUUCGCGCUCCCGCUCCUCGGGGGCGUAAGCACAACGGACUCGACCUUCCUGGAUGAAUUACUCCAUAUCUUCCGCGUUAGUCGUGGAUCUCUAAGCAUACUACUAGAAGUCUCCGAAUGGGUUAAAGCCAGUGACCUGGCGAUCCUCACCACCACCGCCGCCACGACAGUCGGACACCCAAACCCGCAUGACUCAUCCACGUUAACUACCACCCUUCCUAGAUGAAGCUCUCCGCGAAGUCAUGCAUCGGAACCACACCUUAGGCGAAAGUAACGCACGCCAUCAAGGCGAUCUAUAUGGCUUCGUCCUCGGGGAACUCCGCCUCGCAUUCGAGAGUAUUUCCAGUGAUAGCGAAGACGGCAUCAUCACGGCGGUGUUCUGGUGGAUAUUUAGAAUACCGUCGGACUUCUUGGAUUCGGUGGCUAACAGGCAGCCGUUUGCACUGGUUGUGCUGGUGUUUUUUGGUGCGUUGAUGCAUCGCUUGCGGGGGCAGUGGUGGAUGGGGGAUUGGGCGGGGAAGGUCACGAGGGAG